CUGACGGGCUCUGCGCGCCCCGCCCCCCGCGCCGGGCGGACCAUGGCGACGGCGCGGGUGCGGGACGGCGGCUCCGCGCUGCCCCGCGGCUUCUGGGCGGCGGCGCGCGUGUGGCUGGAGAAGCCGCAGGUGGCCAACAGGCGGCUGUGCGGCGCCGCCAUCGAGGCGGAGGGGACGGUGGCGCUCGGCGAGGGCGCGGCUCCCCCCGAGGGCGCCGCCGAGGACGGGCCGCGGCGGCUGUGGGCGCUGUGGCGGGAGGCGCGCGGGCCGCUGCCGCCACCGCUCCGGCCCUGGGGCGGCGCGGAGCUGCGCGCGCUGCUGAGGGCGCUGCUGCCCCGCGGGCGGCCCCGGGCGCCCCCCGCCAGGGAGCUGGCGGUGCAAGAUGUUUACAAUGGAACUGUGACCUUUCUGCCUUUGGAGGAAAACAGUGAAGGAAAAUAUUGUAUUAAAAAGGGCAAUAUUUAUCAAAUUCAACUUACACAUGUAAAAGAUGAGGAAUGGUCUAUGUCUAUUGUAGCUCCAUUUCCGGAAGAUUGGUUUUCAGAUGGAAUUACAUACCCCAAACUAGCAUGGCUUGGAAAUGAACUUUUGCCCAAACUAGUUAAGUGGUCUGUGGAGCAAAAGCCCAGUGAGUUUAAAAGCACACUCUCACUCAUCUCUGUAGCAAAAUACAGCAAAGUUUAUGAAGACCUCAAAGAAAAAUACAGAGAGAUGGUAAAGGUGUGGCCUGAAGUGACAGAUCCUGAGAAAUUUGUUUAUGAAGAUGUUGCCAUUGCUGCUUACUUACUGAUUCUUUGGGAAGAAGAGAGAAAGGAAAAAGAGUUGACCAAGAAACAGUCAUUUGUAGAUCUUGGAUGUGGGAAUGGUCUAUUAGUUCACAUUCUAAACAAUGAAGGGCAUUCAGGUAGAGGAAUUGAUGUGAGGAGAAGAAAAAUAUGGGACAUGUAUGGACCGAAAACUUAUUUAGAGGAAUCUGCAAUUAUGCCAGGUGACAGUCACCUUUUUCCAGAUGCUGACUGGCUUAUAGGAAACCAUUCAGAUGAAUUAACACCAUGGAUACCUGUAAUCGCAGCUAGGUCUUCCAAUUCAUGUUGCUACUUUGUGCUGCCAUGUUGCUUCUUUGAUUUCCAUGGAAAAUACAGCCGAAGACAAAGCAAGAAAACUCAGUACAGAGAAUAUCUCGAUUUUGUUACCCAAGUGGGAUUUGUUUGCGGCUUUCAUGUGGAAGAAGAUUGCCUUAGAAUUCCAUCAACAAAAAGGGUAUGCCUUAUUGGAAAAAAUAGGACCUAUCCACCUUCAGAAUGGGCUGUGAUUGAUAAGCAGAUAACACAAUAUAUUAAUAAUCGUCAGACCUGUGCCUUGGUCAGGUGUGACAGAAGAGUUGGAUUUAAUCUCAAAGAUCAUGGUGUAUGCGAAGAAGCAGGUUCAGAACUUCCUGAAAAUGAGGCUGAUGCUGCUGGUACAAUUUGGAUGCCUGGCUUUCAACCCAGAGAAAAAGUAGAACAAAUCAGAAAUUGUGCUUCUCUACCUCGGGAUUUUGUAGACGAUGUGGUUCUUAAAGUGGCAAAUUUGCUGUUAAAUGCAACCCCCCAAAAAUCAUGUCCUAAUAUGCAUGGUGGAAAUACGAACUCCUGGAAUCAAGGAGAAAGUUUUUCCUUGAAAGAAGUAGCAGAACAUUUAAAUAAAGAGACUUUAAAAAGGCUAAAGAGUGAAUGUGGAGGCCUGCAGACACUACUCAAGAACAAUCAUCAAGUAUUUGAAGUUCUAAAUGGGAGAGUUCAUAUUCGUGACUGGAGAAAAGAGAAACCAUCAAGGAAAUCUAAGCCUGAAGUGAAACGACGCCUUUCAGCUGAAGCAUUUAAAACACGUCUCUGUUGGUUUUUCAUUCAUCAUCCUGAUGGUUGUUCUUUGCCUUCUGAAUCUUGCCCCUAUGCUCAUGGGACUGAGGAGCUAAGACAGUCUCAGAUUAUUAAAAAGAAAAAACAUAGACAGUAAUAAAAUGCUGCCACUUAACUUUGUACAUAACUGAAUCUGUGAUUGAUUUUGGGACGGCCUAGUGCAUGAAGAUCUGUAUAAUAUGGGGGUUUUGUCCCCACUCCUAUGCAUCUUAUUUUCCAGUUGGUUUACAAGUUCUCUUGUAUUUUUAAUUCUUUAAUUUUUUUGGUUCAUGUGGAAAAGGUGUAGUAAGGUAUGUAUAUACUUUUGGAUUUUGUCAUGGCUUGUCUAACGUACAUUUGUAUAAGUGGAAAAGUUUAAAAUAUUAUUUUUGUAGGACGCUUCAUGAUCCUCAUUCAGAUUGGAUGUACGUGAUAUAGCCUUUUCAAACCCUGAAAAUUAACUGGUUCGUUCCAGAUUUUCCUAGAGGAUUUAUGGUUUCUAUGGUUCACAGUGACUCUUGGGAGAUUUCACUCAUUCCUGACAUGACAAUUUUUCUCCAUACUAUGGUGUAAUACUGCAUAUUACCCUUCCUUUCCUGGUCAGACCUAGUCCUCCUUUUUUCCCUACUGACUGAAAAUGAGAGUUGGUUUGAAGAAUAACUUCCUGAGAAAUUUUCACAUAUAGAUUUAGGCUUUUAGGGCUCUGUAGGCCAUAAUGUCCUUUUCCUCUAUGUUUUUUUUAGAAGUAAGGAAUGGCAAUAGAGAAAGUAUUUAAUACUAUUGGAAUGGUAGGGUUUCUGCUUAUCAGAUAACAAAAGACUGUCUUGGCACCUUGAGCAGGUUAUGAUUUUCUUUGGUAUACUCUAUUAUUUUCUUUAAACAGUUUAACUUUGCAGAAAUCCUAAUUAUUGCUCAGUGACAGUCAUUGAACUAGUGUCAUAAUUCCUACCUGUCAGCUCUUAAGUACUUGUAAAGUUCAGUAUCCACUGUACAAGCUCUGAGACAAGUAAUCAUGUUGGUUCUAGUGUAGCUGUGUACUGAUAGUAUGGAAACUCUGCUCCGAUCUACUGAGACAAUACUUGGAUUCCAGAUCCUGCUGAAGAAGCUGGAAGAUUUAGAAAAUAAAUAAAUAAAAGGGUGCAUUACUAAAGAAAAAACGUGGAGGGGAGAGCAGUGCUGUGGAAACUGGUUGCACAACAAAGAAGUCUAGGGAUAAAGGUGACUGAGCCAUGUGAGAACUCUACUCGGGGAAUCUGAAGAACAAAGGAAGGAAAUAAUUUAAGGUAAAGCAGAGGAAAAAUGAAAGAUGACACAAGAAAGGCUUUUCAAAACAUUCCCAGAGACACUGUUCUUAUGUCCUAACUUUAAGCCUACAGGCUGCAGUCCAUUCCAUGCUGAAAAAACGGGGUCUAAAUCUACUGACAGGGAAGGAGCAAAGAACUGACUGAAACAUUGUGUGUUCCUCCUUGGAUCCGUCGAUCACAUACCACAUUAUCCUAUGUACCAUGUAGUACAACUACCUGGGCUGCCUCUAGGCUCUGCAGGGACAAUGCUGGCCCUAAGCUUUACCCUAAGCCUAACUGACUAAUGACUCCCCGUGGACAGCUGUCCCUGUACCUCUAACGGGAGCUGUGGUGGGCUCUGAGCCUUCCCCCAUGGCUCUGCUCUGCAGUGUUGUAUAUCACACCCUGAAUUUAGUGUGAAUUAGUGCUGUGCUAUAGACAGUAAAGAAUUUACACAUUUCAAAAAGAGAGAGCGUCAGAGUGACUCACGUUCUAAGGGGCAAGUUAGAUGCUGUUCGAUUAAAGCUUAUUGGACUAAGGGAAAGAGUGGUGUCAUCCAGGUAAACUGCAACUCUUAUGAAGCAGGGCAGCACAGUAAGAAAACGGUAGUGUAGUUUCUGUUCUAAGAAUCUCAGAAAUAUUUAGCUUUAGCAAGAGUUGAGCAGCACUAUGGCAUUGUAUAAACUUGUAUAUAAUGAAGCGAUGAUAUUGAUUCAGUUAGCCUUUGUUUGGCUAUGUGCAGAGUAAGAGGAGUUCCCCAAGAUGCUUGUUUACUUCGGUAAACAUACUGGUAUAUUUGAGGAGGAAGAGGAGGCCCCUGCAGCAUUAAGUUCAUGCUCUCUCCGGAUGAAGAUUGUUACCAGAUGGUGCCAAAAGCAAAAACAGACUUUCAAUUCUUUUCCUGUCAUGGGUGUCUUUCCUAAUGAUUCAUCUUGGUGUAGGAUGUGUUUGACCUGUUCUGAAAUGUGAUUUCCUGAGUUGGGGUUCACCUGUGGGGCCCUUGGAGGGAGGAGGGGCUGGCAGAAAGGCAGAGUUAAGCAGCUGGAAGAAGGUUGGUUGUAUUUUGGUUUCUUUGGGGUUAUUCUUUCCAACAAAUGGGGAACAAAAUACCUGUUUAAUUCAUAGAAGUCGCCAAUAUACAUGUAAGUGUAGUGAAUUAGUUUUAAAGCCAGCUUUUUUAUUAUUUGUGCAAUGCUAUGAUAAUUAGCAUACUAUCACUGUAGUACACUGCCUCCUUUGUAUAGUCUGCUUCUGAACUCACCAGCGUGCAGAUCUGCCACAGAUGUGUAAUGGCUGUUCGCCUUUCUGUUUGGCAUCACUGCAGGUGGCAAGUCAGCCUGCAAGACUCUUGUAAUUACAGAAACUUCCCUGUUGUUUGGAAAAAUAAGAAGAGAACUAAAUGCUAGCCUUGUAUGAUUCUGUAUUUAAAUGUGAAGGUAACUGCUGAAGGCAUAAAAUAGCUCCACUUUAUCUAAAUUCUGUUUCUUGUUGCUUUCAUAGAAUCGUUAAGGUUGGAAAAGACCACUAAGAUCAUCCAUUCCAACAGUAAGCCCAACACCACCAUCCCUACUAAACCAUGUCACAAAGUGCCAUGUCUACACAAUUUUUAACACAUCCAGGGAAGGAGGCUCCGCUAGUUCCCUGGGCAGCUUGUUCCAAUGCUUGACCACAGUCUUAAAAUGUGAUCCAAAGUCUUACAAUGGCAUUACUACAAUACUCAGUUUUGGCAAUGGAUGAAGUACUAUAGAAAAUAAGAAUCAGUUUCGCUCUUGAUAAGAAAGCUCAUGCUCCACAAAGGAAUUGAGCAUAAAGUCUCAGUUGUUCAGGUGAUACUGUCAUUUUACUCCUUAGUUUAUCAGCAUCACUACCCAUUAGUUAAUUUGGCUUUAUUUGAAGCCUGUUUUGGAGAAGGAAAAUAAUUGCUGUUGCAUAUAGCUUAUACAAAUGAGAAUAUAAAGAGAAGCGAGAUUCCAGAUUGCAAUAAGAUGCUGGGAUCUAUAGAUUUUGUGAUUUCAUCUGUUGCUGAGCUACUGUUUUAUUAAGUCUAUAGAUAGAUAUUCUAAUUUAAGAACAAAAAAAAAUCUGUGUUCACAUUCUCCCUUAAGCCUCAGUAGAAGGCUGGAUUUUAGUUUUUCAUCAGAUCCCUAAACUUGAAAAAAAAAAAAACCAACCCAAGACAGUAUUUUUGCUGGUGGAAUAUCUGUAUAUAGCUUCAGAACAGUGUAUUUUCUGGCACAUUUCAAACCAGGAAGAUUUUCCGUGUAUGUAUCAUUUGGAUUGUCUGUUUACAAUAUUGCUGUCAGUACUUUGUGUUAUAAAUUAUU